CCCCGCCCUCCCAUCAUCCCGUCAUCUUCUUCCCCUUCUCCAAUUCGGCCUGUACAUUGACUCUUUAUUUUCUCAUUAUAUUUUUAUAAAGUCCGCCAUUCUUCUCUUCAUUCUUCCUUCUUCUUCCCGCCGCCACUCCUCCGCCGCGAGCACCUGGUCUUGAUAAAAUCGCCCCCUACCAAACAGCCGCUUUUGCAAACCAGUCAGCCCACAGCAGCCCAGCUCAUCUCUCGUAUUCGCCCGGUGUCUUGCAGGAUCCUCGAGAAGCGGUGUCAUCUACUGGAACCCGCAGCAGCAAGACUCGAUAGAAAUUCCUGCUUCUUGAUUUUAGCUUUUUCGGCCACGAUCGCUGCUCAACAAGUGCAACGCACACUCGACGUCUCCCCCGGCUCGAUCCUACACUACACGUGCUUGGCUUGAACCUGCUCCCCGCCAACUCUGCGACAGGCUCACCAAGAUUUCAUCGUACGGUGCGAGCUUCGUGCAUCGAUACUUUGCAACCAGCUGCGCUGAGCUUUGCCAGACCCUAACUGGCACUGCUUUGCAAGGUGCAUCACCACGGCCUCGAAGCGUCCACCUACUUUCUUAAACCUUGUCCAUUGGUGGAUGCCAAACCGCUCUGCCAGUGGAACACCUAACAACUAUCGCUUGAGCGUUUUUCCGUCGAACAACUCUCAAACGACUAUUUGCAGCUAAUUUGGAGGUCGCGCGAGUCCGAAUCCCAACUAAAGAAUGUCGUCGAGACCUGAACAGGCUCUUCACGGCUUCCCAUCGUUAUCCUCCGCACAAGGCCGGUCUACAUCGCCGUCUGCCAACACCUCUCCUAUUGAAUCCGCUUCAUCCUCCAUCCGCUCACAUUUUGGCAUCUCUACCAACAUGAAUUCUUCCGGGCUCAUGGGCGGCAAUUCGCGGUCCGGCUCUGGGUCUCCGUCACACGACCUUGGUGCCUCAAGCCGACUCUUCUCCAAACGCGCAAGAGAAAUUCAAGCACAAGAAGGAAUUCAAGGUCUCCCAACCCACAUCUGGGGCGGUCCUCCAACAAGUGGUAACUCAACACCACUGCGCGAAAAUAUUCCAGAAUCUCCCACCGACGGCUUCCCCGACUUUGUCCAGCUUCCCACCCCAGAAAGCAUGGCGCAACCUAGAAGAACCCGAGCCGGUACCCUCCCAUCCCGCUUCUCCCCAGGUGGUGGAGGUAACAACCUCUUAAGCAUCCCCGGACUUAUAGCUGCUCAGUCGGCUCGAGUAACCCCCUCUCAAAGCCCCUUCAACAAGUCACCCUCGCCCAGUCUAGAACACCAGGACAGUGUUGGAAAUUCGUCAGUUCUGCUGUCACGUCUUCGUGCCGGGUCGAUGCCUCAGCGAAGCAACUUUACGGCACUGCCAGGCAGCUCUUCUCCCUUUGGCCCCUCCAUCUUCAGUAGCUGGAAUGCCCCAGGCGCUGGUCGCGAACGAGGCUCUACCCUCGCUAGCAUUGCAAGUGUUGGGUCUAAUGGCCCUAGCUCGCCUGCUCAGUCUCAAUUCUCUAAGGAAGGCGGCCCAGAGUCUGAAGCGCAUAUGAGAACGCUCGAUUAUCUAGGUCUCGCUGAAACCCCGCAGCCCAUCACAGCACAACUUGCAACUCCAUACCUUGACUUUAAGCAGUCAAGUCGUUUCCGUUCUUACUCUGUGACCAAUAAGGAUAAAUAUGCCGAUGAGGAGGACGACUACGAUGCAAACGACUUGGCCAUGGACAGCCAAUACGUCGCGGCGCUCCAGGAUCAACUCGCAGCCACCCAGGCCGCCAUCCACAGUCAUAACUUGGCCGUGCAGGCGUUUGCUACACAGGCUUCGAGACCACGCGCCAGAACCGCUGGCGUGUUGGAUACUCCUGGUAGCCGUCUUAUGAAAACAUAUCUUGCUGGCAAUAUUGCUGCUCCCAAUCCUCUGGCAACAGCUGAUAUGCGUUUGCAAGAAGAUAAUGCGUAUGACGAACUUCCUCAAGCCGUUGCUGGCAUGUCUUUACAUCGCUCAAACAGCGGCUUGCUGAGUGCCGAGGAGCAGACCUUGGAAGGACCAACCAGCGCUCUCUGGCUUGGUGGCGUCCCUACUUCCACGACGACAUCCACUCUGGUUGAAAUGUUCAAGGCGCACGGCACGAUUCUCUCCGCUCGAGUAUUGACACACAAAAACUGUGGCUUUGUCAAUUUUGAGCGCGUGGAGAGCGCUGUGUCUGCCAAAACCAACAUGAAUGGCAAGGAAAUCUUCCCUGGAGCUGGGCCAAUCCGCAUUAACUUUGCUAAACCACCUUCGGCGUCCAACACUCCUGGCCAUGAUGGCGCUUUCCCAUCCCCAAGCCCUGACCCAUUUGUCAAGGGUCAAGAUCCUUCUCAGCGACCUGUUGGUUCGGGACCGUCGCCCAUCUCUGCAGUCCCAACGUCUUCCUCCCCCACGGUACCAGCUCUUCCAGAUCUCAAGUCCGAUAUUCUGCAAAUUGUUGCGCAAUUUGGAGCAUCAGAUGAAUCAGUGUUGAAAAUUGCUCAGAGCCUACAAUCCUCUAUUCAAUUUACCGAGUACAUUGAUGAAAUCCCGCCUGUGCAUGAACCGACCAACGCACGGGUUUACGACGCCCCGAAGCUUCGCGACAUCCGCAAACGCAUUGAUAACUCCCUCCUCUCUCAGCCCGAGAUCGAAAGCAUCGCUAAAGACAUGCUUCCUGAAAUUGCAGAAUUAGCAUCCGACUAUCUCGGAAACACUGUCGUUCAGAAGCUGUUUGAGUACUGCUCCGAAGAGGUACAGGACAUCAUGCUUGCCGAAGUGGCCCCUCACUUGGCUGAGAUUGGUUGUCACAAGAACGGUACAUGGGCAGCGCAAAAGAUUAUUGACGUUUGCAAGUCAUCUAGCCAGAUGGCGCUCAUCGUUGAGAAUCUGCGCCCUUACUCUCUGCCACUUAUUCUUGACCAGUAUGGCAACUAUGUUCUUCAAGGCUGUCUGAAAUUUGGAUCUCCAUACACGGAUUUCAUCUUUGAGGUCACCCUUGGCCGCCUCUGGGAGAUGGCCCAAGGCCGAUACGGUGCUCGAGCCAUGCGCGCAUGUCUGGAGAGCCACCACGCCACGAAGGAGCAGCAGAAGAUGCUAGCUGCUGCCAUCGCGUUGCACAGUGUCCAACUUGCCACAAAUACCAAUGGUGCGCUCCUCUUGACAUGGUUGUUGGAUACAUGCACAUUCCCGCAGCGCCGCACGGUGCUUGCGCCAUUGCUUGUCCCUCACCUCGUUCACUUGUGCACCCACAAGGUUGCCUACUUGACCGUUCUCAAAGUUAUCAACCAAAAGGCGGAACCCGAGGCGAGAGAUACGAUCCUUCAGGCGUUGUUCUUCUCUCACAAUGACAGCGUGUUGGAGGCGAUUCUUACUGAUCAGGCCUGCGGAGCGACAUUGAUCUUCAAAGUGCUUACUACUCCUUUCUUUGACGAGUCUAUUCGUAGCCAAGUCGUUGAAACUGUUAAGGCUGUCCUUGUUCGCAUCCAAGCCCAGCCCAACCAAGGUUACAAGCGUUUGAUGGAUGAGGUUGGUCUGUCUACGCGUGGCAGCGGCCCUACUCGCGAGCCGUCUGGUAACACUGAGCAACGUCAGCGACCGGGCUCUUCUCGACAGGCAAACACAAAUGGCAACCAAAGCCUUCAGCCCAACGCCGGCAAGCAAUUCUACGGCCAAAUGAAUCAACCCACGAAUCAUGGCGGCGCCUUCGACAAUGGCGACUCUCAGAGCUUCCCUGCAUUUAACCAGAACAUGAUGUACAAUGCAGGCCCGGCACCCAUGCCAGCUCCCGUCAACAUGCAACAGCAGAUGCCGUACCAGCCAAACAUGGCCCGAAAUGGCCCGCAGCCAAACUUCAACUACGGCGCCAUGCAGCCACCAUACGGUGCCUACAACGGGCCCGGUGGUGCUGUUGACCCAUUCCGUCAGCCUGGUAUGCCAAAUGGCGGAGGAAUCCAGCCCCCUUCUAACCCUCACAUGGGGCAGAUACCUCCUGCUCAGGCUCCGUUUGGUCCUUCAGGCUUUGGCAUAGGCAACUUUCCCUACAACGGAGCUGGGCCUGGUAUCCAGAACAUGGGUUACAUGCAGCAAGAGCAAAUGAACGGUCGAAGAGGUCGACGAUGAGACCAAAAUCCGUUCAACAGCCCUCGCGAAACUGCUAGCAUUUUCCCAUUCUGUGCUGUACGGCAUUUUGUCUAACGAUAUGUCUCGAAUCAGGGACAGAUAUUUGAAUCAAAAAGUAAACCGUGUAUUACCAUUAAACCACGGAGGACCUUGGCAAGCGAAACGACGGGCUGCAACUAGCUACCGAACGCUGGUAAGAGCGACCAGCCUUGAUCCUUGCGAGUGCCUCAUGGUUCAUACAUUUCUUUUUCUUAUUCUUCUUGUUGUCAUUUUAGUUGUUUGGGUUUUUCUUCUUCUUUUAAAUUUUCUAGCUUUGUUUGAAGGCGGAGGAAAAGGAUCUCAUGGAUGGAAAGGAAAGGUGAAGACAGCUGGGCGAGAGGAGAUCACUUUAUGACCUGCAUGGACCACAACAACAAAUGCGUCCACAAGCGAUAGCUCUUUUUUUGUGUUUUUUUAACUACUUCAUCAUGUUAGAUUGUCUGCUGUUUGGUAUGGAACAGCAAAGACUAGAAAAAAGAAAGAGGCAGAGAUUGAAAUGGCACUAGAUGUCGUAGCUAGCUAUCAUAGCUGAAUGGAACAUGUGUGUAGUGAAGAAUGACUUCGUCUUUUACAAAAAGAGUGAAUAAAGAGAUCCAAGGUUAGGUUUGAGUAAAUAUUUGCGGUACUGUGCAAGUCUAUCUAUCUGCGUAUACCCGUUCCCUACAGUAGGUGUAAAAAAAGAAGAAGAGCCGUUUAAAUUCCAAGAAAGAUGAAUAGAAUGCACCCCAGUCAUAAAAAGCUGUAAAAGAGGUUGGUUCCCCCUUAAUAUAUACGGCACCGUUAAAAUGAAGAGAUUCCCCGUCCGACGCAAUGAAAAGUAAAACAAAAAAGACAAGAAUACGAUAGUGAGGGGGUAGAACGCCGGCUUCCAAUCUUCACACUUUUUUCGCGGUAUUAGAAUUUUGAGGGUUUGGGAGGGAGGGCGAGAGAGCAGGGCAUAUAUAUUCCCCAAGGGUUGAUGGUGGCCUUUCAACCAGUGGCAUGGCAUGUCAAGACGAAGAGUUUGCUUUGCCAAAAACAGUGUAUAGGAAAAGAGGUGGUUGUGGUAAUAAAGGGUUGGCCUAGUCAAGCUCCAUCGAUCCUUCGGCAUGGUCGACGGUCGAUGGCGGCGUCGGCUCGGUGACAAGGAGAGCAGAAUCUUCCUGCUUUUCGUCAGCUUGUGUAUGAUUAGACGACGGUUCAGCGGGUGGUGUUGCUGCACCAGGAAUCGGUGUUGGGAUGGUGGGCGACGGUGCCUUGUCUCCAAGGACUUGGCGGAUGCGAGAGGACAUGGCAUCCAUCUGCGCGAGCAUUGCGCGAAGGCCAGUCCUAUCAUCAUCCGUUAGGCUACCAGAGACAAUGUUGUUGGCAGAGGCACGGGCCAUGAGAGCCACUACAUUUUCGUCGGCGUUGGACUAAGAG